AUGAGUUCUUUCGAGGAAUUAUUUGAGCAGGCAGUCAAGAAUGCAAGGGAAAUAAACGAUACCACCCUAAAACCAAUUAAGGGUAUUGAAACAAUAAUUACUCAUGGUGGUCAUGAUCCCCUUGCACUACCUGAUAUGGGUCAUCCUGUAGUUUCGCCCAUAACGCUUUCUACGACGUUUCAACAACUUGCACCUGCAACCGGAAAAUAUGAAUAUUCUCGUUCUGGAAAUUAUUCAAGACAUGCGCUUGAAAAGUGCCUCGCUGAAUUAGAUAAUGGCUCAGCCGGUUUCGCUUUUGCGUCCGGCCUUGCAGCCCUUAACGCAUUACUCCAGAUCUUAGAUACUGGUGAUCAUGUUGUUGCUUUUGACGAUCUCUAUGGAGGUAGUGGAAGGUACUUUCGAAGAGUUGCCAGCAAGUUUGGCAUCGAAUUUUCUUACGUUGAUAUGCGUGACCUAGAGGCUGCAAGGAACGCCAUCAAGACGAACACUAAAAUGGUCUUCAUUGAAACCCCUUCCAAUCCACUGAUGCGUUUAGUUGAUAUCUCGGCAGUUUCUCACAUAGCUCAUGGGGCCAAUCCGAAUAUUCUUGUCGUUGUUGACAACACCUAUUCAACACCAUAUUUUCUUCGACCUCUCGACCUUGGAGCUGACAUUACUCUUGCAUCCCUCACAAAGUACAUAAAUGGACACUCGGAUGUGGUAAUGGGUUCGUUGGUAAUUAGGAAGAACCUGCCUCAAGUGGAGACUCAAUUAAGAUUCAUACAAAAUGCAGCUGGAGGUAUAGCCUCUCCCUUUGACUCCUACCUCUGCUUGCGUGGUCUUCGUACUCUUGCUGUGAGAAUGCGAGCUCAUAUGAUGAACGGACUGACAAUCGCUAAUUUCUUGGCUGCUCAUCCGAAGGUGGAGACUGUUCUACAUCCCGGCCUAAAGACGCAUCCUCAGCAUGAACUUGCCCGCAAACAAAUGGGCGGUUUCAGUGGCAUGGUUUGUGUCUACCUCAAGUCUGAUGCCAAGGGAACUGCCAACUUUGUCAAGGGCCUCAAGAUCUUACCACGCCUUCUUAUUUAG